AUGAAACCAUUAAUGUAGUACUUUAGUGAAUCAGAUUGCGAGGCCAAUGAGUAAUCAAUUUGUCAAUCAUUCAGAGGCUUCUUUGAUGAAAACAGCCAAAUUAAUAGAGCCUACUCGAUUGAUGAUUAAUUUGAACAGAUUAGUGCCCCAAAUUCAGUCUAAUUUUCUACAGAAUGUUCAUCUAUGGGCGAGAAGGGUCCUAAAUAAGAAUCGAAUGAGGAUUUGGAUGAUUUAAGAUGUUCUGAAGUAGAUCCUAUUGAAGUGAAGGAUUUACAACCUCAGAUUAAAUGUCAAUGUAAUAAGUCGUAGUGUCAACAAAGUUAUUGUGAAUGUUUUGCAAGAGGCAAGACUUGUGGUAAGCACUGUGGUUGUCAAAACUGUUAGAACAAGUAAAUGAAUAAGAAAUUGGAGAAAAUUUAGAAGAAACUGAUCAAACAGAAAAGAAUCAAAUAACGAACAUCAAGAUAUUUAAAAGGAUGCACUUGUGGAAAAUCCAAGUGCCAAAACAAGUUUUGUAGUUGUCAUCAAGAUGGAAAAUAUUGUAAUUCUGGUUGUAGGUGUGUGGAUUGUAAAAAUAAAUACAAAUUUUCAUUGAAAAUAUACAAAUCAAUCGAGGAUGUGGAAUCGCAUUAGAUGGAAUCCAAGAUUGUCCAAUAAUUCAUAAUUGGUUGUGAAAAUAGUAGUAAAUUUGAGAAUUUCAACAAAGCAUUAGAAUAAAGGGAUAUUUGA